AUUUUAGAUAAUGGGCUGUGUGCAAUGUAAGGAUAAAGAAGCAACAAAACUGACAGAUGAGAGAGAUGGCAGCUUAAACCAGAGUUCAGGUUAUCGUUAUGGGACAGAUCCAACCCCGCAGCAUUAUCCAAGCUUUGGCGUGACUUCAAUUCCAAACUACAACAACUUCCCCACAGCUGGAGGACAAGGAUUGACAGUCUUUGGUGGAGUCAACUCCUCAUCACAUACUGGCACCCUGCGUACAAGAGGGGGAACAGGUGUAACUCUUUUUGUGGCUCUAUAUGAUUAUGAAGCAAGAACAGAAGAUGACUUAAGUUUUCAUAAAGGAGAAAAAUUUCAGAUACUUAACAGCUCGGAAGGAGACUGGUGGGAAGCUCGUUCCUUGUCUACAGGAGAAACUGGUUACAUUCCCAGUAAUUAUGUGGCCCCAGUUGACUCCAUCCAAGCAGAGGAGUGGUACUUUGGCAAGCUUGGAAGAAAGGAUGCUGAGAGACAGCUGCUGUCAUUUGGCAAUCCACGAGGGACCUUCCUGAUUCGAGAGAGUGAAACCACCAAAGGUGCCUAUUCGUUAUCUAUUCGCGACUGGGAUGAUAUGAAAGGAGAUCAUGUGAAACAUUAUAAAAUUCGUAAACUUGACAAUGGUGGAUAUUACAUUACAACAAGGGCACAAUUUGAAACACUUCAGCAACUUGUUCAGCACUAUUCAGAGAGAGCUGCAGGUCUUUGCUGCCGCUUAGUAGUCCCUUGUCAUAAAGGAAUGCCAAGGCUUACUGAUCUGUCUGUCAAAACCAAAGAUGUCUGGGAAAUUCCACGAGAAUCACUACAGUUGAUCAAGAGACUGGGAAAUGGGCAGUUUGGGGAAGUAUGGAUGGGUACUUGGAAUGGAAAUACUAAGGUGGCAAUAAAGACAUUGAAACCCGGUACAAUGUCUCCGGAAUCAUUCCUUGAGGAGGCUCAGAUUAUGAAAAAGCUGAAGCAUGACAAACUUGUCCAGCUUUAUGCUGUGGUGUCUGAAGAACCCAUCUACAUAGUCACGGAGUACAUGAGUAAAGGAAGCUUGCUAGAUUUCUUAAAGGAUGGAGAAGGAAGAGCCCUGAAAUUGCCAAACUUGGUGGACAUGGCAGCACAGGUUGCUGCAGGGAUGGCUUAUAUUGAACGAAUGAAUUAUAUACACAGAGAUCUACGAUCUGCAAACAUCCUGGUGGGAAAUAGUCUAAUAUGCAAGAUUGCUGAUUUUGGAUUAGCAAGAUUAAUUGAAGACAAUGAGUACACAGCCAGACAAGGUGCAAAAUUCCCCAUCAAAUGGACUGCCCCAGAAGCUGCAUUAUAUGGAAGGUUUACAAUAAAAUCAGAUGUCUGGUCCUUUGGAAUAUUGCUGACAGAGUUAGUAACAAAAGGGAGAGUGCCAUAUCCAGGUAUGAAUAACCGAGAAGUCCUGGAGCAAGUAGAACGGGGUUACAGGAUGCCAUGCCCUCAGGAUUGUCCCAUCUCCCUGCAUGAGCUCAUGAUCCACUGCUGGAAGAAAGACCCAGAGGAACGCCCAACUUUUGAGUACUUGCAGGGUUUCCUUGAAGACUAUUUUACUGCAACUGAACCACAGUACCAGCCAGGUGACAACCUGUAAAUUUUUGGUCUGUGCAGACUUCCACUAUCAGGUAUCCCACUCACCGCUGACAUACCGUGACUGGCUGCUCCCAGGAGCAGCAUCUUAAAGCACUGGGAUGUGCUGGGUCCUGAAGAUGAGACCUUCUAACUACCUGCCCAAAAGAUCUGAAUGUCUUCUCUGGACAGAAAGUGAACAUUUGGUUUUGUUUUUAAUCAAAGACUCUGAAUCUGCAUUGUUUUGAUGUUAUGUACACUGCAAAAACUUUGUUUAGUGUAAAUAGUAAUUCAGUGCCAAUAACUGAUCCUAGUGCUUUCCUUUUUUAAAA